AUGGAGACGAAUAUAGAUAGCGAAGAUGAUUUCAAAUAUCCUUCGAUAUUUGAAUUUCCACCUUUUUUUACAAAACAGAUAAAUGAGCAAACAUGGAAAUCACAACUGGCAUCAUGGGACUCUCUCAUUCUAGCAUAUUGUCAACAUUACAAAGUAUGGAAGUUAUCAGUAGGAAGCACAAAAAAUAAUAGUCUUGAAAAUGAUUUGGUAGACGGAUUAAGUGGUACUUCUCUCAAUGGGUCGAAUGGUAGCGACGAUGUCAACAGCAAGCUGUUUGCCAACCCACGCAUCAACAGAGCAUUGAAACAGGAAACGAUAAAGCUAAUUUUUGAGUAUAUGGUUGAAAAGGGUCACGCUGAAUGGGAAAAGUCGAGUUCCAAACAGCAAAUUUUUGUCUAUUUCAAGAGGCCUGAUGAAUGGGCUACGGAUAUUAGACGAUGGGUUGAUUCUACAGGACAGACAGGAUCUGUACUGACAUUUUAUGAAAUUGCCCAUGGAGACCUUGUAGCAUCACAAGAUUUUGCUGGAAUAGAUGAUACCAUUCUUCGGAAAGCAAUUGAUAAUCUUGUCAGUAAAAACCAAGCAGUCAUUAUUAAAGCUUCUGACAAUCAGAUAAUGGGUGUUAAAAUACUAUAG